UUUAAAUGAUAAUAUUAAAAUAGGUAUUGCGUUCCUUCUGCUCUCAAUUGAUUAUCUCUUCUUUCAUCCUGGUGAGUUAGGUAUAAUCAUCCUGUUGUAGAGAUUUACAUCUAAAGCUUGGAAAGGUUAAGUGACUUGUUUCAAGGUCAAAUAGCUCAUAAGUGUUAAGACCUGAGAUUCCAGUCCAUCUGUAUGGAGUGGGCAUCUAAGUGGUCAUUGUAGGUAAGGAACAGUCAUUUUGGGAGAUUUUAUUUUAUUGAAGAUUAUAUCUAUAGCAGAGGAGAAAUUUUGGCGCUUCCUACUAUUUUCAGUUGUCUGCUUUGUUAACUUAUUGAUCAUCCUAUGUUGUCACCUUGACUAAAAAUAAUUCAUAGAUUGGUCACCUGCCUUCUGUUUAAUUUUUUAAUCUUUUAUAUCUGAAGUAUUUUAAAAUGGUGCUUUAUGACAAUAAGAGGAAGAAGCUGGAAGAAAGACAAGGUAGUAUAAGUUAUCUUUUAUUCCUUUGUUCUCUCAGCCAGUAUUGAGUGAACUCCUUCUAUGAGUCAGGCACUGGGCUUGAAGACUGUUGAUUAAACCUGGCCCCUCUCAUGGCCGUUACAACAAAAUGCAUAUAUUGCAUCAAGGUAAGAUCUGAAGACAGAAGGAGAAUAAGAUGGGAUCCCUUUCCAGAGCAGGAAACCCACUUGGUAAACUCAAUUGGGGGAUAAGUCUGCACGUAACAACCUUAAAGGUUGGAUGGACUUAAUGCUACUUGCAGUCCUUAAUCGUGGUUUCCCAGUGCUUCCUCUGGGAGGAAGGGCUGGCUUCUCAGCUGUGGAUGCCCUGCGUGAUUUCCAUAGCAGCCUGUGUUUGUACAGUAUUGAUGGGAAUGGGCUCGUAUGAACAGUAUCUGGAAGAUAAAGGUUGCCCAGCCUGAUACAGACCAUAAAUGCUGUUACAAUUUAAAGAAGAAAGAAUGAUCGUAGGCCUUGAGAGUGGUCACGGAAAUGUCUGUGAUGGUCAUUGGGUGUGAAUUGGACCUUUAUAGCAUUUCAUUAGGUGGGAUUCAUUUCUUUCAUUGUCUUUAGGUGCCAAGUACAGUUUUAAGUUUGGAAGAUAGAGUAAUGAGCAAAACAGACAAGACCCCUGCUCUAAUAGACCUUACAGUUGAGGAGUAGGAGGCAUACAAUAGAAACAGUUGUAAGAUUAUUCACCAUAGUGUUAAAUGCAAUGAAGACAAUUAAACCAAUGUUGGAGAGAAUGGUGGGGGUUGCUGCUGGUAGUGGAGAGACUUUACUUUGGACAGGAGGGAAACCGUCUCUGAGGUUACACUUGAGGGAAACCUGAGUUGAGAAGAAGCUAGUCAUCCACUAGUCUGGAGGAGUUAAUGGACAAAUCCAUAAAGAUGAGAUGUUGCAUUCUGUGGGAGUUUAUCCACUGAAGAGCUGCACCCUCUAAGGGGAUGGAUGGAGCAGAGGCUGAAAAGGUGCAGAUUAGUGCCAAAUCAUGGUGGGUCUUGAAUGUCAGAAUGAGGCAAGAAGAAGGACUAUAUGUUUCUAUGCAUAUAUCAGGGGGUGAAUAGUUAGAAGAGAGAAGGAGACUCAGGAUGAGUAUAUGUCAUAGAAGCUUAAGGAAUCUUGUGCAGUUGGAGUCUUGAAAUUGAGUUCAUGUGACCUCUGAUGAGGGACACCCCAAUAACAGUGUCCCAACCACUUCCUGUUAGAAGUUGAAUGUAGUCCUAAGUGAGGCUGUUUCAAACCAGGGGGAUACAGAAUUGUCCUACAAAUGAGACUGUGAAGGCCUUGACAGGUGUAAGCUACAGCCCAGUACUAGGGGCUGUGCUUACUGAGAUAAAGUGUUUUCUAAGUUGGUUAUAAUAUCGCGGGUUCCUUUUGUGGAACAGAAAACUAAUUGUAUUUUUAUUAAAGUAAAGGGACGGUCUUUAUGUUACAAGAUGUUUUUGUGAAAAGGAAACAGAAAAAUUAAGAGUUGAUUCACUUCAGACUGAUAAAAAGAGGUGUGUUAAAUCCUCAUUUUUGAAAUAGCUGUGUCUUAUUUACUAAGGGAAAAAAUGCCCCAAGUGUUGAUGUAAUUCUAAAUAGAAAUGUGUUUAGGCAGUGAAGGGAUUCCUGGCAGUGAUUGAGAAACACAGAAAUGGGGAAUUGCACUUGAUCGCUUUUGAGGUUGAGUCUGAUGUGUGUAGUCUUUUACAUCCUAUUAAAACUUUGAAAGAUAAACUGAUACAAGAAGGAUUUGCCAAGGCCAGCAACUCUUCCUUUUAAAACCUUGGCUCAGUGUACACAUUGAAGGGAUGGGGGAGUAAGAUAAAAGCAUUAUAAAUAUGAGGUUAACUGAAUUCAAAUAGAAGGUUCUCUCAAGUUAUUGCAUUCCCUAGAAAAUAAAUACAUUGCACAUAUGGUUAAGAUUGAUCAAAAAAGUAUUCUGUGUGCCAGUGAUUACAUUCCCAUCUGUGAUUAAGAUUUUCUGUCUGCAUCUGGUUUUCACAUUAUAUUUCUGUAACAAGAAUCCUUUAUAUAGCAGAGUUCACUUUCUGUAUUUUCUAUUAGCUGCAGCUUGAACUACUGCACGGAUCACAGAUUUACACAUGUGGUUUUCAUUACUUCAUACCAUUGAGAAAAAGUAAUAUUUGUUUGGGAAUGUAUGUUUUCCACAAUUUCCAUGGUAAUACAACAUGUUGAGCCUUUUUAAUAACACUCUUGUAGAACUACAAAUUGUUUGAGGCAUUCUACUCUUGGUAGAGUUUAGCUUUUAAACUGGUCUCAGUGUAUGUUCACUUCAUAAUGAGAUUUUUGCAGAUUUGAUGGCUGAGGAUUGGAACAAAGCAAUAUUAAAGAUAGAGAAAUUUCAGUUGCAUGUGAUAUAGACUUUAGUGUGUAAGUAUCACAAAUAAUCUGAAUGUGUAUUCUUUAGUACUCAUUACCAUUACUCAUUUUAUUGUUAUUUUAUAUCAAAAGAUCAUUUAUUGUGUUGGAGGUAUCAUUAUUUUGAAGUGCCCCCUCUUUUUUUUUUAGGUGAAUUAUCUUAUUGACUGUGAUAUAAUGUUUCAUAUAUAAGAAUUGUUGAGUAGGAAGAAUCCUCAGGGGUAACUUGAGGUUUACAUUGUGUAUUACCUGAAUGUAUAUCUGUGUGCCAUGUUAACAUUUAAGAAAAAACAUGUACCCUUGAAAUACUUUGUAACACUAUCUUCCUGCCAACUUUUCUCCAUUCACUUCAGAAUACUCUGAUUAAAACAGACACAUGUGAAGUUAAAAAGUGAAACAAUAUAUUCUAUACUGGGAGAUCAGUUAUAAUUGAGAGAUUUAUCUUAUAAAAGUUUAUCCACAUGGUAGUUUUAUGUGCCUCAAAACUGAGACCCACUAUACCAGUUUUGAUAAUAAACCCAGACAGUAGUCUGGUGUUUAGCAGUCAUGAGAAGGAGGAAAAAGACUUAGACUCUAGGGGAUUUGUAUGUACUUGGCUUCCCUCAUUUGUUUAAUGGAGAUUGUUCAAUAUGGCCCACACAGGUAGAAUUUACUGUAUCAGGCUCUCCAGUGCUUUUUGUUGAAGUUGUUGAGGCACUAAAUAUCAGAAAUCAUACCCGAAUCUAAGAAAAGUAUCCAUUUCCUUCUUUUUCCUAAUAGCACUUAUUUAUCUUCUGUUUACAAUAUACAUAUAUUUAAAUGUUGCCAUUAAGAAUGAGAAACAACUGAUUACAUGAUAGAAGAGUCAUUGUGUAUAAAGGGCGUUUGCUUUUUUAAAAAAUAAUAGAAUCUGCUUAUUUAUGUCCAUUAGAGCAUGUAUAUUCACCGAUUUCAAUUUCUAGGGAAUAGUUUGGUCUCUUAAAAAAUGGCAGUAAUAGCCUUAGUAAUAUUUUGAGACUGCUUUUAUAAAUCUGUUCUUUUGCAUUUAUUGAGUUACUGCUUUAUGUGCAUAUGAUUGUGCUAGAUUAUAUCUCAUAGAUUAUUAGAACUAAAUAGUAAUACUUGUUCUAUUCAGAGUAGUGGUGGUACUAGUAGUAGUGGGUGAGUAAUAAAUAGUGGGCGUUUGGGAAUGAAUGAAUGAACGGUAAGCCUGACGGAUCUAGCAGGACAAAUGAGAAUAUCUGGAUUGCUUUAGGGAAAAAUAAAAAGGAGUAGAAGUUGGUUUAUUUGGUGAAACGAUUCACUAACAAUUGUUGUUUUCAAAUUGGUUGGUUGCAUAAAGAUGAUUAGUCACUGCUAUCAGUUGUUUCGGAAUGAUGGCAGUGUGUAAAUUUCAUAACAGUGAAACAAUGGGGAUACCACAUGAUUUAACUUGCAUGUAAAAUUCCAAAAAAAUAAAACUAAAAAUGCAGUGUCUAAAAGCAUUUUCUAAAGAAACUAUAACUGACAGAUUAAUUUUUUAAAAAAUAAAACAGGUAAAAUCUAAUGUGUUCUUUUAAGGUACUGAUGUAUGUAUGUUUUAGACCCAACUUAAGGAAAGAAGAGUAGUAUCUAGCUUUGAGUCAGAUGAUUGGAGGAUUUAGAGCCCUGGAGGGAAUCAGAAAAUGGGAGUUGUUUUGGAUUUUUCUAAGAUUUAGAAGGGCUUGUAUCUGUUUCUUAAACAAAACUGGCCUAGUAUUUUAAGUAGAUGGGUGUAAUACUUGAGACUGGUUGUGAUAUAUGCGUUUUUUUUCCCUUUGUUGUUGUCAAUAGAAAAGAUUGAUCUCUGGGCUGGUGAACAUAAUAUCUGUCCCAGUCAGAAAAGGAGAGAGGAAAUUAGCAGAGCGAUUGGUGGAGAAUGAUAUCUGUCAAAAGAAACACUUGGAGAGCACUGAGUUUAGUAAUAGGUGACUGCCGGAAAAAGGGGAACUUUGAAUAUUGUCAAGAUCGUACCGAGAAGCACUCCACGAUGCCAGACUCACCUGUGGAUGUGAAGACCCCAUCCAGGCUGACUCCUCCCACGAUGCCACCUCCCCCAACAACUCAGGGGGCUCCCAGAACGAGUUCAUUUACACCAACGACGUUAACCAAUGGCACGAGCCAUUCGCCCACUGCCUUGAAUGGCGCUCCGUCGCCGCCCAACGGCUUCAGCAACGGGCCAUCCUCCUCUUCCUCCUCGUCUCUGGCUAAUCAACAGCUGCCCCCUGCCUGCGGCGCCAGGCAGCUCAGCAAGCUGAAACGGUUCCUCACUACCUUGCAGCAGUUUGGCAAUGACAUUUCGCCAGAGAUAGGAGAGCGAGUCCGCACCCUCGUCCUAGGCCUGGUGAACUCUACUUUGACAAUUGAAGAAUUUCAUUCCAAACUGCAAGAAGCUACAAACUUCCCACUGCGACCUUUCGUCAUCCCAUUUUUGAAGGCCAACUUGCCCCUUCUGCAGCGUGAGCUCCUCCACUGCGCGAGAUUGGCCAAACAGAACCCUGCCCAGUACCUCGCCCAGCAUGAACAGCUGCUUCUGGAUGCCAGCACCACCUCACCUGUUGACUCCUCAGAGCUGCUUCUCGAUGUGAACGAAAACGGGAAGAGGCGAACUCCAGACAGAACCAAAGAAAAUGGCUUUGACAGAGAGCCUUUGCACUCAGAACAUCCGAGCAAGCGGCCAUGCACCGUUAGCCCAGGCCAGCGGUACAGUCCAAAUAGCGGCUUACCCUACCAGCCGAACGGCCUGCCUCACCCCACCCCUCCACCGCAGCAUUACCGUUUGGACGAUAUGGCCGUCGCCCACCACUACAGGGACUCCUAUCGACACCCCAGCCACAGGGACCUCAGGGACAGAAGCAGACCUAUGGGGUUGCAUGGCACACGUCAAGAAGAAAUGAUUGAUCACAGACUAACAGACAGAGAAUGGGCAGAGGAAUGGAAACAUCUUGACCAUCUGUUAAACUGUAUAAUGGACAUGGUAGAAAAAACGAGACGAUCUCUCACAGUACUGAGGCGAUGUCAGGAAGCAGACCGGGAGGAGUUGAAUUACUGGAUCCGGCGGUACAGCGACGCUGAGGACUUAAAAAAGGGCGGCAGCAGUAGCAGCAGCCACUCCAGGCAGCAGAGUCCUGUCAAUCCAGACCCAGUGGCGUUAGAUGCACAUCGGGAGUUCCUUCACAGGCCUGCUUCUGGAUAUGUGCCAGAGGAGAUCUGGAAGAAAGCUGAGGAGGCGGUCAAUGAGGUGAAGCGGCAGGCCAUGACCGAGCUGCAGAAGGCCGUGUCCGAGGCCGAGCGGAAGGCGCACGACAUGAUCACGUCGGAGCGCGCCAAGAUGGAGCGCACGGUGGCGGAGGCCAAGCGGCAGGCGGCUGAAGACGCGCUCGCCGUGAUCAACCAGCAGGAGGACUCCAGCGAGAGUUGCUGGAACUGCGGCCGUAAAGCCAGCGAGACCUGCAGCGGCUGUAACACGGCCCGAUACUGUGGCUCCUUUUGCCAGCACAAAGACUGGGAGAAGCACCACCACAUCUGUGGACAGACCCUGCAGGCCCAGCAGCAGGGGGACACGCCUGCCGUCAGCUCCUCCGUCACGCCCAACAGCGGGGCCGGGAGCCCCAUGGACACACCACCAGCGGCCACCCCCAGGUCGACCACCCCAGGGACCCCUUCCACCAUAGAGACGACACCUCGCUAGACGUGCACUCAGAACUGUCGGAGGAAAGACAACACAACCAACACGAAACCAAUUCCUCAUCCUCAGAUGCUCAAAGUUGUUUUUUUUUUUCCUUUUUUUGUUUUGUUUUGUUUUGUUUGUUUAUAGACGAACUAUCCUGUUUCAGUACUUUCAGCAAGAGAGAACCUAACUGUAUCUUGAGGCGAUCGUAAAACAGAAGGCCAGUAACGGGUCAUAAUGACUUAUUGUGGAUAACAAAGAUUUCUUUUCCUUAGAGAACUGAAAAAAGAGCAGAGAAUAUAACAUGAAAUGAUAGAUUUGACCUCCUCCCUGUUAUUUUCCAGUAGCUGGGAUUUUAAACUAGAUGACCUCAUUAACCGAUGCUUUACCAAACAGCAAACCAAGAGAUUGCUAAUUGCUGUUGAAAGCAAAAAUGCUAAUAUUAAAAGUCACAAUGUUCUUUAUAUCCAAUAAUGGAAAAAAAAAAAAAAGAGGAAAACCCUCAAGGGCAUGAGCAUUGGCUACAGCAGUAGACAUUUUAACAAGAAGAUGAAUGGCGUCCGUGGGUUGCUAACUGAACUUUGAAGACCCGCUACAUAACGCGCAGAUGUGUAGCAUAUUGGAAGGAAACGCAGAUGUUCGGGGUUUUUUUUUCCUGUUUCUGAAAAGAAAUAAUAAUAUCCAGGUCAACAGAAGGAAAAA